CUUCUGCCUCUGCCAAGAACAUGUGAUAUAUACAGAUGUGAAACUCCCACUUUGUCUCAGUUAGCAAGCCUCAGCCAAGCAGAGCAACACCCUGUGGACCUCAUAGAGCAUACCUGUGUUUGUUGCUGAGUGAGCCACGAUGUGGAUUACAUUUUUUCUAGUUACAAUCUUCUGUUUUUCUAUGUCCCAAGCUGUGGCAGACUACUGUGAAAAUGUUCUCCAGGAGUGCCUAAAAAGGCCCACUGCAUGGACACGUUGUUAUGAGGACAAAAUUAUGAGCUGCAAGCCAAGAGGUCGCUUCAUGGCAGGCAUCAGACAACUCAAAGUAGACUCGCUUCAAGAGGUUGAUGUGAGUCCUACACAUGAACAUAGGGUUCACAUCCCAUCAUCAGCUCUCCAGAGAAGCAGAGGAAAUGUGCCUGAGGUGGAGGUCCUGGUGAUGGCCUCUGUAAUAAACAGCAGUCAUUUUAAGCUAAGUCCUCGUUCAAAAGGCAGGCAAAUACAGUUUCACCGCAGAGAAGGCACUGUGUUUAGGGGCUCAGUCCUAUCAGUGAAGGCAGGAACUCUUUCAGUGAAUAACCUCCAGCAACCCAUCAAGUUAAUCUUCAGACAUGACAAAGAGGUGGAAAAUGGGACUUGUGUAUUUUGGGCAGAAUCAGCGAUGGGAAAUGGAACAGGUUAUUGGAGCACUGAAGGCUGUGAAACCAGUAACACAGGAAAUGAAUUUAUUUGCAGCUGCAACCAUCUGAGCUUCUUCGCUGUGCUUGUGAACCCACAAUUAUCAGUGAGUAAAUCUCAUUCGGAGACACUCAGCUACAUCACUUACAUUGGAUCAGCACUCUCCGUUGUCUUCACAUUCAUCAGCUUGAUCAUCUAUAUUUGUCUACAUCGUCGGCGUCCUGAGAAGACAACUAAUCUGCACAUGCAGCUAGCAGGAGCAAUGCUCUGCCUCCACCUCAGCUUCCUGCUGUCCUGUUUCUCGGCAUGGCUGCUGAAUGAGGACAGCCCAGUUUGUCUGGUUCUGGGUCUGAUUUUACACUGGUCUCUGCUGGCCACCUUCAGCUGGACUGCUCUGGAGGGGUUCCAUCUCUACCUUCUACUAAGCCGGGUUUUUAACAUCACUUUCAGGAAAUAUCUUCUCAAACUCAGCUUAGUUGGAUGGGGCUUCCCGACACUAGUCGCAGUGAUUUGUGCGAUUUCAGGUGUUUAUGGUAAAUACACCCUGCACAUGCGGGACGCCAAACUCUCCAAUACAACAGCACACAUAUGCUGGAUGAACAGCGAGUUCCCGAAGAAGCACCUUAUAACCAGUUUCAUCACUACAGUGGCCUUUCCUUCCUUGGUGGUGCUGUUUAAUGCCUGUGUUAUGGGACUAGUUGUGUUUAAGCUCUGGGGGAUAAGAAGGGGUAGUGGAGGCUUUGGAAGCAACACUGGCUGGAAAAAGACAAACAAAAACAAAGGCUGGAAUUUAUGGAAGGACUCUGUUAAAGUGCUGGGCCUCAGCCUUGUGCUGGGGUUACCUUGGGGGUUAACCAGCAUCACAUAUGUUUCACUCCCUGGUAUCUAUGUAUUCACAAUAUUCAACUCCUGUCAAGGUGUCUUCAUGUUCCUGUGGUCUUUGGCUUUGACCAGGAAGCCUCAAUCGAACAAUAACUCAUCAACAGACACCUGUCAGAAAAAGCUGACCACCAGUUUAAAUAACAGCUAAGACAAGUGAAUUAUCCUGACUUACAAACCCAAUUCCAAAAAUGUUGACAUGGUGUGUAAAAGGUAACUGAUAUCAGAAUGCAAACAAAUGAAAAAAUUAAAACCUCAUAUUUUAUUCACAGCAGAACAUGGAAAAUAUAUCUAGUUUUUAAAUCUGAUAAAAAUGUACCAUUCUAAGAAAACUCCCAGCUUGAAUUAGACGCCAGGAGAACAUCUGAAAAAAGUUUGGACAGGGCCAUAUUUGCCAGUGUGUAGGAUCCUCUUUUCUUUUAUUAGAGAGGAAGCUGCAGUCUCUAUCAAUGCAAUAUACAAGGUAUAAAUAUGCAAUAAUUUACAGUAUAAAGUGUCUUGAGGUGACUGUUCUUAUGAUUUGGCACUAUAUGAACAAAAUUGAAUUUAACUAAAUUUUAGGAUGCAGAGACCAGCUGCUGGAUUGGCUGUGCCAAAUGUUUUUAAUUUGUGAAAGGUUCGGACUGGAGACUGGGCAGUUCCACACCUCCACUCUCCUAUUCCUAUUAUGCUGUUGUAAAACGUGCCUCUGUCCAUUCUAAAUUAGCUUUGAGAGCAGCUGGCAGUCCUCUCCAUCUAUUAUAUUUUUAUAUUUAAACAACUUUUAAAUAUUUUUAUAUUAUCUACGUCCCACUGUGAAUAAAAUAUGGCUUUAUGAGAAUUGGAAACCGUUGCAUUCACUUUUUAGUUGCAUUUUACACAGCAUUUUCUUACAUUUUCCCAAUGACAUUCAUAUAUGGUAAUGAAGACUCAUUUUAUUUGUUGAUGUUUUUUUUCUCUUCUUUCUUAUUUUGGAAUCAAAUACAAAUAUGAUUUUUGUUAGUAUAUUCAACAAUUAACUUGUGAAUCAUUUAAUUAAAAAAGCAGUUACUGUGAAGAUCAUCUAUAUUCUUUAUACUGUAUUAUCGGUAUAGGUCAGGUAAUGUAUCUGUCCUACAAACUUAACCUAUAUACUACAGAAUGUUAUUAGUUAUUGUUACUGUUAUUGGCUAGACAUGGUAGAUAUUGAUCUUCAUAAAGCAGGUGACUUCACUGCAGACUAAUCAGUUCAGUUAUGUACUCUGUGGUAUUUUAAUAUUUCUGCAUUGUUUCAUCAAGUAUACACUCACUAAAAUGCUUGUUAUGUUAGCUGACUCACUGUAGGGGUGAUUCAAAUUGUAAUAGAGAGACAGACAAUAACUGCAGUAAAUAACGGAUAGGUUGUUUUUGACACUGCCCCCUGGUGACAGUAAACGCCUGCAAUAUGUUGACAAAGGUCUACAUGACUGUCAUCAAUGUAGGGAAUGCGAAAAUCUAUAUAAUCUAUAUUAUUUUGUGUAACCAUUGUUUUACUUUGGGCAGCUGAAGUCUAUUUUGUGGACAAAAUUGUUGCACUGUUAGGCUAUAUAAACAGGAUUAUGAAAUUUCACUAGUAAAAGGUCUUUGUAAAACAGUUAUUCCACCCGAAACAAUUUUCAGGUUAGUGCAGCACCAUCUUUGUGUGAUAACAGAUUUAUUUUUAGGUUGAUUUUAUGAUCAAAUGUUAUAUUAUGUAUAAUAUUAUGUAUAAUACAAUUUUUGUAAUAAAAUAAGUACAGUUUAAAAAAUUAAAAAAUAUAUAUCAACACUGAUCAUGUUUUAUUAUUAUUUUAUUAACUGAUUAAACCAUAAAUUGGGAUGUUGGACUAUUUUUGAUAACUAUGUUUGAAAGCAUUUUUAAGUUUGGCAAAACGUUUGAGAACCACUUGCGACUCUUUUGUCCGGAGACAAAACACUGUAGAACUUUGCAGCUCCAUCAUCACAAAAACAAAAAAAACAAAACAAAAAAACAUUUAUGUAUUUGAAAAAACAAAACACAGCAAUCACAAUGACGUAAUGUCUAAAAAAAUAGCAGAAGUCCACAAAGUCAGCUUUUAAUUGGACAACGUUAACAGGAAGUGCU